AUGGCGGUGGCCUCUGUCUCUGUCUCGCUCGCCGGCUGGCCGCGAGGAGGCGAGAGAGGAUCCCGACGAGCGCCCGGGAGGCGGAGCCACGCCGCUGAGCACCGAGGCCUCGUCUCCUCUCUGUCCGCAGGCCACCCCCCUGAGACAACCCACGGGGGGCUCGUGCAGCUGGAGCGGAGAGGUGACGGAUCGUCGCCGUCGCCGUCGGCGGGACUCUCCAGGCUCUCGAAGUUCGUCUUCCCCUGGAAGAAAGAUCUGCGCUCUGGGCACGCAGACCCCUCACACCACUCAGACGCCUCUGAGGGGGCGGAGUCUCCGCCUGGCCGCGCCUCCAGCCCGUGCUCGUCCGCCUCCCCGCCGCACGCGGCCGCGACGAACCGACGCGAGCGCGAGCGUGCAGUGAAGGCUCUGUCAGCAGCUGCUGAGGAGAGGCGGAAAUCAAUGGCUACGAGGAGGAAACAGUCGCGGGAAAGAAUUCUGUGGUAUGCCGAGAAGCAGGCCCGCGCCGCGGCGACUCGCCUCUCCAGACAAGACGGGGAACAGCCACCGGGGCGCGGGACAGAACAAACCGACCCGCAGGGCCCUGCUGCCGGCGCAGAAAGGGCGAGCGGCGCUGCGAACCGGCCCCCAGAAGACCGACAGUUCGGCGGAGUGUUGGCCGCGCCACGAAAUACGGCUCACGACAGGCAAGUGGAUAGAUUCGAAACCGCGAUGAUUUCGCGAAGCACGCCGGCCGAAGGGCGGGCCGGGAAGGCUGCAUUGUGGACUCCUCUCGCAGCUUCAUGGGCUUCCUCAGAGGCCCUCCACCUCAGACAAAAUACGCAUGCUGUCCUACCCCCUCUUGUGUGCGUCAGUUCUGCGGCUCCUGCGCUCGUCUCUGCGCACUGA